AUGUCGGGCUCCGGAACCCGCACAUUCAGCAAUGGCGACCCAGCAGAAAGAUCAUUUGCACGGCCACCCGGUACACCUGCUGGUGUCGUCCGCGUCUCACGUCGACGUGCUGAGAACACAUCCAGCGAGUCGUCCAAUUCAGCUGACACCCUCUCAGCCGGAGUGCUAAGUCCAACUAGUACGAUGUACUCUUCUCCCGGCAGCGCAAGUACGGCUGGCACGGAUCCUGACACGAUCGACAUCCCAACGGCCAUCCCCUCGAUCCACACCUUAUGCUACUUUGGGCUGGCAGCGUUUCGGGCUGAGCAGAUCAUGAAGAGGUGGGAGGAGCUCAGAUCUCAAGGCAACGAACCGCAGAAUUUCGGACGUUUCGCGGGAGAGUAUUUGCACAACCUUGUCAAGUACGAAGGCUGCGAUACGUCAAGUUACGAUGCUGACUGGAGAGCGAACCUCGAGAAGAUCGGAGCCGACGAGCAGCUUACAGGCGCUAUCGGAAAUCGCGGUCACGGCUUUGAUGACAUCCGUUCGCUGAGAUCUGCAGCUGAAUGGGUGGAGCAGGCUAUUGAGUGGAGAUGGGAAUACCUUCUCGGUCUCAAGAGUGCGAGCGCCACUCGCAAGGAUGGCGGCAUUACUCUUCCAACCAGCAGCCCGAUCCAAGUGCGCAGCCUCACAAGUGUGACUACAGCUUCAGACGACGCAUCCGCUUUCAGAUUCGAUCGCCAAACCGGCAAGACGUUCUGCAAAGGCGAACCCACUGAGUUCUUACCGUUCUGGAAGGGUAUAACUCGUGUGAGGGCAGAGGACAUGUGGUCUAAUAGUGGACGACGAACGGGAACGUUCGACAUCAAGGGCCUGAUAUCAAGGCCUCCAGGAGACUUCUCCGGCAAGAGGGCUGUGUACUACUUCACGCCAGAUCUGGAGGGAGCGCAGGAGUACGCAGACUUCGCUAAACAGAUCGCCUCUCCUGCUGGAGUCUGCUUGGUACGGAUCGAUGUCCCGAUUGCGAUGUCAGAUCCGUGA